AUGGAAGUGCAGGACGGGUCCGGCGACGUGGCGGCUGCGCUCCAGGCGCCUCCAACGUCCGAAGAUCAGGCCAUGGUGACGCCGCUGUCGCCUCAGAUCCUCGACCUGGAGGCCUCCCUCGUCUCGGACCCAAUACUCGACCUGUGCCCGUCGCUCGACCUGCUCAAGUCUCUGGCAAGAUCCUCGGCCAUCUCGGCCGAUGUCAAGCAGCAGAAGCUCAGGCGAGCACUGCUCCGCGCUGCCAGCAACGGAGAUACCGACAUGCUCUCCUGGCUCCUCGACCCGCGCAACGAAGCGCGUGUUCUGAUCGCCGGUCCAGAUGCCGGCAUCGACGCCAACGGGCGACCCCGGAUCGCGUUUGACGAGAUCCGGGACGAGGACGGCACCGGGCCCGUCGUGCUGGCCUCGUGCGCCGGACACGUCGACUGCGUCACCAUGCUGGUCAUGAGCGGCGCCGACGUCGACGAGCGCGACGCCUGCGGCUGGACGCCGCUCAUGUGGGCCACCAACAGCUCCAACCUCACCCUGGCUGCCUACCUUCUCCAGCACGGUGCCGACGUCGAGGCCCGCAGCAGCAAGGGCACCAGCUGCGAAGACUUCAUCCUCUCGGCAGCUCCCGACGCUGCCGGCGUCAAGCAGCUCGGGGGAGCUGGCGGGCAAGUCGAACGAGACCAGCUGGCAGACCUCAUCUAUGAACAUCAGGUGUCUGCCAGCAUGCAGGCAUCGACCACGCAGAAGCUGCGGGAUCUCAGCUUGUCGUCCCCAGGAGGGUCCGGCAGCACGGGCCGCAGCUCGGCAGGUCUGCUGCCCUCGAUGGAGGUGGGCGGGGCGUGGCCCAACAGCGGUCAGCCACUGCAUUCGAGAGCAUCCUCGCUCAGCACGUUCAAGCCGGGCCACAGCCGGACGAGCAGUCAAAUCACCGCGUCCAGGCGCCUCGUCGGCCGCGUCGAGCGCGCCCACAUCGCCGACCAGGAGCUCCGCGCACGAGAGGUCGCCGAGGGGCGCAAGCGCGCGCUGCUCGACAUCGCCGUCAUGCUCGAGCUCGACUAUGCGGCAUUGAUCGGGGAGCCAGUCGGUGGCGCAGCCGACGAGUCGGCCAGCGGCGCUAGCGGCGCUUCGAGGUCGACUCGUCGGAAGGGCGUGCCAAAGGUGCCGCCAUCGGGCCUCGCCUCGGGCUGCGGCGCCGCAGAGGUCGGCAGCGACCUCCUUUCCGUCGAGUUCGACUGGUCCAAGGUUCGCAGCGAUCAGAUGCUCGUGUUCGGCCUCAACGACCUGACACCGCUGCUCGACCGGAUGGUCACCAAAAUCAGACCGCUGCGAGCGCCCUGGACCUCCCGAGCUGCGCCCGCCAACGUGCUGUUUCUGUGCGCGAGAUACGCAUGCUCGCUCGGCGACGAGGAGCUGCUCGAGGAGCUGUUCCUGGGAGCCAUCGACCGGAUCGAGGGAUCCAUCUACGCCCACCCGACCGACAUGACCUAUCUCGCCUUCUGGCUCUACAAUUCCUGCCUUCUCCACUACUAUACCCAGAAGGACGCCACGCUGCGCGCGUCCGAGGCGGUGGGCGAGUACCGGUCGCUGCUGGCGGACCUGCUCAACGAAAUCUACGUCUUCGUCAUCCGCGAUGCCGAGCGGCGGAUCGACAAGGCGCUCGACCAGGCGAUACUCGACCACGAGGCCAUCGAGGGCUUCGACGAGGUCCGCUUCGAGGGCGAGUGGAAGUUCAUGCGGACGCUGGCCGGCAGCGUCAAGGGCAUCGGCCAGCAGACGUCGCUAUCGGCGGCGGCCAGCUCAGCCGGCAGCAGUGGCGGCCACAGCGGUGGAGCCGCGCGACGGCCCAUCAGUCAGAUCUUUGGGCGCAGAGAGCAGAAUGGAUCGGAUUCGAGCCAGCCGGGCUCAUCUACGUCGCCGUCGCUGGGCGUCGGCAGCCCAUCCGCCAAGGCCGGUUCGCUGGGUCGACCCGAAGGGCAGUACCGCUUCCCCACCGAGGCGUCGUCGCCAUCACGUCGCCCCUUGGGCGACGUGCUGUCUCCGAUGCGCGAGAUGUCGUGCAACCUGACGGCCGCCGAUCUGCUCACGAAGCCUUCGCCGCGGACCAUCACCUCGCUGCUCACUUCGACGCUGCACGUGCUGCAGCUGUACGAGAUCAACCCCGCCAUCAUCAUCCAGGGGCUGUCGCAGAUCUUCUUCUGGGUCGGCUGCGAGCUCUUCAACCGGGUCCUGUCGCGGAAGCGCUACCUGUGCCGGUCGCGCGCCAUGCAGAUCCGGCUCAAUGUGAGCGCGCUCGAGGACUGGGCGAGGAGCAAUGCGUUGCCGCUCAGCAUCGUCCACGCACACCUCUCGCCGCUGUCGCAGCUCGUCUCCUGGCUGCAGUGCCAGAGCUCGCUCAACGAGUUCGACGGCCUCAUCGCCACCAUGCAGGGCCUCAAGGCGCUCAACCCGCUGCAGAUGCGCAAGGCGGUCAAAGACUACCGCUACGAGGUCGGCGAGACGAGGAUGAGCGAGGAGUGCGUCCAGUACCUCGACCAGCUCAUCAUCGACUGGAAGCGGCGGCAGGAGGACCAAGCUCGCCAGCAGGCCAUUGAGGAGCGCGCCAUCCAGCGGCGGCGGAAGCAGGCGACCCAGCAGCAGCAGAGCGGCCUCGAUCCAAAGCCCAUCUCGCAUCAUCACCGGUCGGGCACCGCGACGCAAGACGGAUAUACGCCAGACAGCCGGUCGCCGAGCCCGAGCAGCCUCGGCGACGGAGACGACAGCGGCUUCAGAGGCGCAGCCUACUCUGACGACCCCCAGGACCUCGCCAUGGACGUCGAUGGGGAUGCUGCGCAAGCAAGCGGCGAUCGGAGUCGCGGCAGCGUCUACGAUGCGGGCGACGCCAGCGUCUCGACGAUCGCGACGGCCGGCCCCUCGGAGCCUCUGACGGUGGCCGAGGCGACGGCCCAGUCGGCGCAGCAGGCCAUCGACGGCCUCUUCGCGCCGGGCAAGAGCAUGGCCGACUACGUGCCGCCCUGGACCGCCGCCGGCGCGCCUCUUGGCAUCAAUGGGCGGUCGCUGUCGACCUCGGUGCCCGAGACUGUGACCGAGAUGCUCAACAGUCGCGACAUGCUGCCAUUUGCGUUGCCCUCGAGGCCCGACGCCAUGGUCGUCACCCCGGGCGAUGCGUUCGGCUUCGGACGCGGUCACUUUACGGGGACGGGCACGCCCAGCCUGCGCAGCGCGGCCGGGUCCGAGAGCGGCUCGGUGCGCUCGUCGCAGUCUUCUGCAGCAUCGUCGCGGCGCGGCUCGAGGCCUACGUCACCGGAUGCGGUGUCAUCGAUCGACGCCGACGUCACUGCGGAUGCAGAGAGCGUGGUGAGCGGCGCGUCCAACUCGACUGCGAUGAGCAACGCCAGUCGGAGCAGCCUCUUCCCGCAGGGCAAGGGCUUUGCGGCGGGUGGAAGCUGGAGCCCGGUGCCGCUGCUGGCCGAUCCGUUGCUCGACGAGAUCUACGAGAUCAUGCGGCGCGUGGCCAUGCUGGGGGAGUGGUCGUCGAGUUCGGCCGAUCCCGAAGUCUCGGUGACGAUGGCCCCGGAUCCCACGCCCUCCGCCUCUGCUGCCGCCCUAUCCAGUCCGAGCAAGCCGGCGGGCGCGGUGUCGAUCGAGCAGGAGACGGUGCAGCCAUUCCGGAUACCGCCGCGCAGGAGCUCGUCGAUGCUGCGAGACGAGUACGAGGCCUCAGCUCCGGCUGCGGCUGCGGUCCAGUAUCCGAGCUCGAGCGUCACGGGUCGCGGCUCGCCUCUGAAGAGGUCGGAGCCCUUCAGCCCUAGCCUGAUGGAGGAGCAGGAAGACGACGUCGAAGGCGGGGCGGCGGCGGGAUACGACGAAGGGUCGCUCAAGCGGCGCGAAAGCGGCCUGAGCUUCAAGCCCAACCGGCUCGUGAUACCGGAGCGGGGACGCGUCGAGAUCCAGUUUGGCGACGAGUUCGACGAGAGGGACGAGGACGGCGACGCCUCGUCGAUGGCCGCCAAGACGCCCACGGCGGCACCUCGCAGCGCGGAUCUGCUGCGCUGA